AUGGCCAACUACUAUGAAGUGUUAGGUGUGCAGUCCAGUGCCUCCCCUGAGGACAUCAAGAAGGCGUAUCGAAAGCUGGCUUUGCGUUGGCACCCUGACAAGAACCCUGACAACAAGGAGGAGGCCGAGAAGAAGUUCAAGCAGGUGUCUGAGGCCUAUGAGGUCUUGUCAGACUCUAAGAAGCGCUCUUUGUAUGACCGGGCAGGCUGUGACAGCUGGAGGGCUGGUGGCGGUGGCAAUGUCCCCCAUGGCAGUCCUUUUGGUGCUGGCUAUCCUUUCCGCAAUCCUGAGGAUAUCUUCCGUGAGUUCUUUGGGGGAAUGGACCCUUUCUCCUUUGAUUUCUGGGACACCCCAUUCAGCGACCGCGGCCGGACCCAUGGUACACGUGGGGCCUUUUCUUCGGGCUUCGGUGAGUUCCCGGCAUUCAUGGAGGCCUUCUCAUCCUUUGAUGCCCUGGGCCGUGGCGGGGGCAGCCGUACCACCUUCUCGACCACUUCCAUGGGUGGCUCCAGUUCAGGCAACUCAGGGUUCAAGUCAGUGAUAUCAUCCACGGAGAUAGUGAAUGGCCAUAAGGUGACCACCAAGCGGAUUGUGGAGAACGGCCAGGAGCGUGUGGAGGUGGAGGAGGACGGAAAGCUCCGGUCAGUAACCGUCAAUGGCAAGGAGAAAAUCAUGCGUGUGGACAACAAGUAA